UCCAAGUUCAAAUCGGGUAAUUUUGAUCUUUCCGACUCGUAUCGAUCAGGAAGACCAUCAGCGUUAGACAACGACGUGUUAAGGGCGGAAGUGGAAGCAAAUCCGUGUCAGACGAUCGAGGAAUUGUCAAACAGUCUCAACAAACCUUGGUCGACCAUCCAAGAACAUUUGAAGCAGAUUGGGAAAGUAAGCAGAGCAGGUGUUUGGGUCCCGCAUAAUCUGUCCGAACAGAAUAAGGCUAACCGAUCAAUCACAUGCAACUUAUUGCUUCAACGACACAACACAGAAGCGUUUUUUGAUCGCUUGAUCACAGGAGAUGAGAAAUGGGUCCUGUAUGAUAACCCAAAACGCAAAAGGCAGUGGCUCUCUCCAAAUGAAAUCCCUCGGAGUACUGCUAAGCCAGGUUUACACCCCAAAAAAGCGCUUUUGUGUGUUUGGUGGAGUAUUCGCGGCAUUGUUCAUUUUGAAUUACUGAAACCUGGACAAACUGUUACUGCAGACCUCUACAGCGAACAAUUGCAGCGAGUCAAUCAAUCUUUAAUUGAAAAGUGGCCAGCGAUUGUCAACCGAAAAGGCGUCAUUCUCCAACAUGACAAUGCAAGACCGCACUGCGCAAGGCGAACUCUAGAAAAAAUUAAUGAAUUGGGGUGGGAGGUGCCGCCUCAUCCACCAUAUUCGCCCGAUGUUGCACCAUCGGAUUUCCACUUAUAUCCGAGCGCUGCAACACUUUUUAAGUGGCAAAACAUUUGCAAAUUUGGAUGAUAUCCAAAAUGCCAUCUCUAGAUAUUUUGCCGAAAAACCAAUUAAUUUUUAUCGAUCAGGGAUUGAAAAUUUACUCACUAGAUGGCAAAAGGUUAUUGACAAUGAUGGGGAAUACAUCAUUGAUUAAAAAUAAAGACUCGUUAAAAAUGUAUGUGUUUGUAUUUAGCGUAAGAAAACGACAUUACUUUCCGGUCCCCCUAAUAUUAUGUAUGUCAGUUUUUUUAGAGCUCAACAGUGGGGCCUGACAAAACACAGUAGGUGGAGAAGAAAGAUCAGAAAAAAUACCCCCCACAUCCAAAAUGUGUUAAAAUUCAGCCAACUUAAUAGAAUUUAAAACUUGGCUGUGAUACCUCGGAUGCAGCGGCAAUGUGAUCGCUCUCUUUCUUCGUUUUUUUUCCAUUUAAUUAAGUCCAUUAAAGAUUAUUGUAAUGAUCGUGCACGUAAGGAAAAGUCGAUGCCAACUGCACGUAAUUAUAAUAUUUGUGUUGUCGAGCCUUCAAAACAUGUUUACGAUGGAAUUUAAGUGGAAAAACAAGCAACGGCACGUGUUAUUUCUUUUGAAUCUUCAUAUCACAAUAUCGUUAACUCUUUAUGACUGUGUACCCAAUUCAUAUAAUUUUAAAUAAAUACAAUAUUCUGUUGCGUCGCGAAAGAUUUUUUCGCGAGAAUUUUUUCUCUAUUAUUAUUUCUUUCCCCGUAUUCCACAAAUAUUGUAAUAAGAUUCAGAUGUAGCGAUAAUACACCGUAUUAUCGCCAAUUCUGAAAUGUUCAGUUUAUGUCCUCAAUUAUCCAUGUCCUUUGACCGUUAUUCGCGGGAAUUCCCCAAGUUAAUUAAACACUUUGAAUGUAUUGUUUACCCGAAAUCCCGCCGUUUAUUCGAGUAAUUUAUGUAUUUAGUAGGGUCGCUCAUGGAAUGCAUACCUUACGGCCCAAGUGAGAUCCGAUUAUCCACCCUCAUUUACUAUGGUCAUGCUUCCCCCACUCCAUUCAUCAUUUUAUGUGCGAAUACACAUUUGAUUUCCAAUUAGUUCAAGUUUAGUCUCCAACUUUGUAACAGCGCGGAACUAAUCGGUGUCUAUUUCAGCCUUGAUCGAAGCGCCGCAAAUAGUCCCAUCAUUGCAUUCAACAGUGAAGUUCUUCCGAUUUUUUUCAAUCCUAAUUAUAAAUUUAUAACAACUGUGAAAGUGUUGUUUUGUAUUUAGAAAUAAAAAUAAAUAUGAUCGAGUAUUUAUUUUAGAAACCACGUGAUCCAACCAUUUGAUUCUUCAUCCAAAAACAAACAUAUUCUCAAUUAUCAUAUACAUUAAAUCAGAACGUGAUAUAUAAGGUGUGUGAAUAAGUCUUUCCCGUUUUUUUCAAAUUUUGAGCCUUUAUUGUGAAAAAAUGGUUACAAAUGAAUUAUUGAAAGUAUUGGCCAUCGCUAGCUACAACUUUUUCCCAUCUUUCUGGCAACAUACGAAUCCCGUUGCGAAAAAAUUCGACCGGUUUGGCCUCUAUCCAGUCAUCCACCCAUUUUUUGGCUUCCUCGUAGGAAUGGAAGUGCUGGUCAGCCAGGCCAUGCGUCAUCGAUUUGAAGAGAUGGUAAUCAGACGGAGCAAUAU